GGCAGGCACAAACCUACCUUACCGACGCGACCACUAGACACGACAUACUUACGCUCUCUCAUCAGCACUGCAGGCGGCUACCGAAAGCAAUACCGCCACUAUGGCGACGCAAACUCCUGCUGUUGUCAUGGACAACGGCACUGGCUACUCGAAACUAGGCUUCGCCGGCAACGACUCUCCUUCGUUCGUCUUUCCGACCGCCAUUGCCACCAAAGCGGCCGGUCAAGCAGGUGGCAGCUCGGGCUCUGGCCGACCUGCUGUUGCAAAUAAGCCCUCGUUCUUGACCGGAGGCGCGGGACCAACAGGACAUUUGUCCGGCAAGAGGGGGACAGAGGACUUGGACUUCUUCAUCGGCGAUGAAGCACUCGCCGCGUCGGCUGGACCUGGCUAUGGCAUACACUACCCCAUACGGCAUGGUCAGAUUGAGAAUUGGGACCACAUGGAGCGCUUCUGGUCGAAUAGCAUCUUCAAGUACCUCCGAGUCGAACCGGAAGACCACUACUUCCUCCUUACCGAACCGCCUCUCAACCCGCCUGAGAAUCGCGAGAACACCGCCGAGAUCAUGUUCGAAUCAUUCAACUGCGCCGGUCUAUAUAUCGCUGUGCAGGCUGUCCUUGCUCUGGCCGCGUCCUGGACAUCAUCGAAAGUGCAGGAUCGAUCAUUGACAGGAACCGUGAUUGACUCUGGCGAGGGUGUCACGCACGUCAUCCCAGUUGCCGAAGGAUAUGUGAUUGGAAGUUCGAUAAAGUCCAUUCCUAUUGCUGGACGAGACAUCACGUACUUUGUGCAAUCAUUGCUGCGAGACCGAGGAGAACCAGACAGCAGCUUGAAGACUGCCGAGAAGAUCAAGGAGGAGUUCUGCUACGUGUGCCCAGACAUCGUGAAGGAGUUCCAAAGAUACGAUCGCGAGCCCGAUGAUCGGUUCAAGCAGUAUGUCGUUCGACACCUGAACGGACGCAGUGUGACAGUGGAUGUUGGAUACGAGCGCUUCUUGGCUCCCGAGAUCUUUUUCAAUCCCGAAAUCUACAGCUCCGACUUCCUUACGCCUUUGCCAAAUAUCGUCGACACAGUCAUUCAAACAUCGCCGAUCGAUGUACGAAGAGGUCUAUACAAGAACAUUGUGCUAUCUGGAGGCUCUACACUUUACAACCAGUUUGGACGGAGGUUGCAACGAGAUAUCAAGCACCUGGUGGACGCACGGAUUGCUUCGUCAGAAGCGCGCGCAGGCAAUGCAGCAAAGUCUGGAGGUCUAGACGUGCAAGUCAUCACACACAAAAGGCAACGACACGGCCCCUGGUUCGGUGGCUCCUUACUCGGAUCAACCCCAGAGUUCCGCAGCUACUGUCAUACGAAGGCCGAUUACGACGAGAUAGGCCCCAGCAUUGUUCGAAGAUUUGCGUUACUCGGCGGUCCAGGUAGCACAUGAAGCGUUUACGCUCUGUGGCAGGGAUCGCGCGCUGCCAUAGUGAUUUGCGACAUCUGUUGGGCUUGGUCAUUAAAAGUACGACAGGCCUCAGGUCUACAUUCUAGCGACGCAGACGUCAUGACACGGCACACCUCCUUCACGUAGAUAUGAUAUACAGCAAACCACUGUUUUCAGUACUUGAGAG